AUGGCCGCGCGCCCCGGGCCCCUCUGGCUCCUGGGCCUGGCUCUGUGCGCGCUGGGCGGCGGCCCCGGCCCGCGACCCCCGCCCAGCUGUCCCCAGCGGCUCCUGGGAGCGCGCGAGCGCCGCGACAUGCAGCGCGAGAUCCUGGCGGUGCUCGGGCUGCCCGGGCGGCCCCGGCCCCGCGCGCCGCCCGCCGCCGCCCGGCUGCCCGCGUCCGCGCCGCUCUUCAUGCUGGACCUCUACCACGCCAUGGCCGGCGACGACGACGAGGACGCCGGGCCCCUGGAGCGGCGCCUGGGCCGCGCCGACCUGGUCAUGAGCUUCGUCAACAUGGUGGAGCGUGACCAUGACUUGGGCCACCAGGAGCCCCACUGGAAGGAGUUCUACUUUGACCUGACCCAGAUUCCAGCCGGGGAGGCAGGCACAGCUGCUGAGUUCCGGAUUUAUAAGGAGCCCAGCAUCCAUCUGCUCAACAUGACCCUGCAUGUCAGCAUGUUCGAGGUGGUCCAGGAGCACUCCAACAGGGAGUCUGACUUGUUCUUUUUGGAUCUUCAGACGCUCCGAGCUGGGGACGAGGGCUGGCUGGUGCUGGACGUCACGGCAGCCAGUGACCGCUGGCUGUUGAACCGUAACAAGGACCUGGGACUCCGCCUCUGUGUGGAAACCGAGGAUGGUGAGGCUCAGGCACAGCUGGAUCCUGGCCUGGCCGGUCUGCUGGGGCGACAGGCACCAUGCUCCGGACAGCCUUUCAUGGUCACCUUCUUCAGAGCCAGUCCAAGUCCUACCCGUGUCCCACGUGCAGUGAGGCCCCCGAAGAGGAGGCAGCUAAAAAAGCCCAAUGAGCUGCCACACCCCAACAAACUCCCAGGGAUUUUUGAUGACAGCCACGGCUCCCGUGGUCGGCAGCUAUGCCGUCGGCAUGAGCUCUACGUCAGCUUCCAGGACCUCGGAUGGCUGGACUGGGUCAUCGCCCCUCAGGGCUACUCGGCCUAUUACUGUGAUGGAGAGUGCUCCUUCCCGCUGGACUCAUGCAUGAAUGCCACCAACCAUGCCAUCCUGCAGUCCCUGGUCAGUACUGCAGCCGCUGGACCCCUGGGGUGGGGGGGUAUCCUACACCUUAUGCACCCAGCCCUUGUGCCCCAGGCAAGGGAGGCCCCUGGUGUGAUGGGGAGUGGGCAGGGGGUUUACUAUGACAGCAGCAACAACGUCAUCCUGCGCAAGCACCGCAACAUGGUGGUCAAGGCCUGCGGCUGCCACUGA